CGUGUGCGUGUGUGUGUGUGUGUGUGUGUUUGUGUGUGUGUGUGUGUGUGUGUGUGUGUGUGUGUGUGUGAAUAUAAGAGGAUUAGUGCAAAGGAUGUGAACAUGUGUAAAACCAGCACUGCUAGCUCUUGAACACACACAGACACACGCUUUCACUGCAGUUAAUCUCAACACACACACACACACACACACACACACACACACACACACACACACACACACACACACACACAGAAAGAGAGAGAGGGUAAAACGAGUUAAAGUGAGGUUUUUAAAUAAGUAGAUAUUUAUUUUUCUUUUUUUUCCUUUUCCUGCCAAAACCCGACCCGAGCGGCCGCUUCACUAAUCUGCAUAUUUCCCAUGAUGCCGGUGGGUUUUUAAUCCCGCCGGACAUGAUGAAAGAGGAGGAGGAAGGUGAUGGAGGCAGCAGAGAGAUACUCGGCCGGUGUGUUUGAGUGUUGUUUAGCCACAGACGAGCAGAGAGGAGACGACCGACACCGCCGGAUUAACAGACCACUUUUUAUUAUGAUUUACGGAUUAUUUUGUCGUUAUCCUCUUCUUCUUCUUCUUCUUCUUCUUCUUCUUCUUCUUCUGUUUUUAUUUGGUUUAUGAAUCUAUCGUGAGGAGGAGAAAUCAUCUUUUAGCUUCAGCUGUGCUCAAAGACAGAGAGAUUUCCAGCCGACGUCAGCCGAUAAUCUAAGACCUUUCAAAAGUGCAGUAAACGAUGAUUUGUGAUGGUGCGUUCAGAUGCAGGUGGGAAAGUCGGAUGUUAUAUUUUGCAGGUUCUCUGUUCACUCUGCAGCUGCUUUGAGUAACUUUUAAAAGAUUUUAAAUCUCCAUGAAGUCGUGAAGUUCAGAGUUGAAACUGUUCUACUGAAGGUCAGGUCGAAGUUUUAAAGUUCAGGAUUUAAAGGAGCAGUUUGUCUGUUUUUAGGUCAAAGUUCUGGUUUGGAUUUGUGAACUUUGUCUUCUGGAAAUAACAAAAUAUUUGAUAUUUGAUCAGUUAUGGUACUUCACAUUUUCAGACCUUACUCUGCCCUUUAUUUUGAAAAUCUUUCAGUCAUUUCCCCACAGAUGUUUCUUUUGAAGCUCCUGUGAGAAAUGUUGGGAUUGUGUGGAUUGUGGCACCCCCUUGUGGACGAUUCAUGUCUUUGCUGAUCUCGUCCUGAACAGGAGUUAGUCAUGAACUCAUCCGGCUUUAAACUGACACUUUUCUUUUUCAUUUUCUGAACUCUUUGACUCCUUGGUGAACCAUUUAUUAUUUCCCAGAUUUCUUUAAAUGUUUAUAAAAUGUUAGGAGGAGCACUUUUUAUGUGAAGAAAGAGACCUAAAGGAUUUACAGAUUGUUAGUAAAGUUUUGUUUUUGUCUGGAGGAAGUGAACAUCAGAAGUCGUCAGCGCAGGAAACACAGGACGACUUUUCUUUUGUUUUUUUUUUGUUUUUUUAAUCAAUGGCGGGGAUGGAAAGAGCAAUGAUGGCGUGCACCAAAUGUCUCUGUCCACCAGCGGAAAACAGCUCCACUGCUGGACAGAGGAGCUUCCUGGGUUUCACCUCCUUCUCCAUCAGAGAUCUGUUCAAAUCCAAGGAGCCGCACAUCUCACUCAGCCUCAGGACAAUGGAUGGAGUGAACGAGGCGGGGGAGGUGAAGGUGUCCCGUCUGCAGAUGGAGGGCGAGAACGAGGAUCAAACGCCUCCCGAGCACAAGUGUCCCGAGCUGUGCGACAGCCUUCAUGGCUCCGUCCACGACAAAGAGAACAGCUCGACCAUGAGAGCAGCGCUGUGUGCUCAGGUGUGUAAGGUGUACAGGUUUCAGACAGAGGAUCAAAGAUGGCUGCUUGUGCGGGAACAGAUGUCGGAGACGCCGCUCUCUUUCUCUUUGCCCAAACAGCUUCUGAGCGCGCUCAUACGGGAACACACGAGCAGAGUCCGGGAGGUGAGGGAGCUCGGGGACUUGUCGCCGCACUGGGACGGGCUCCGUCAUGACAUCAUCAACCACUGCAGCGGCCUGAUUGGCUGUUAUCAGGACACCCUCUCCGAGCUUGACAAACUCUCAGUGUCGUCGUGUUUUAAGUCGAGCGGCAGUAAGUCAGACAAACACCUUCAGUUUGUUUCUACAAACCUGCACGCUCAAAGGAUGGAGGUCACCGCUGCAGACAGCACAGGUGUUUGGUACGAGGUCAUAACAUUCGGCGCUCCUGCUGAUCAUCACCAGGCCUUCAAACAUGGAGGACUGAAGAGGCUGCUCAGCAAACACUCGAACCAAGCAGACAGCUCCGUCUCUUACUCAGAGGACGAGAGCUGCAGAGCGCGGGAACUUCUCUCCAGCGUGGCCGAGCUGCAGCCUCUGGUCUUCGGCCUCGCUGAGGAGCUGCUGUCCGUGUCUCAGGAGCAGAACUCCUUCCGGCUGCAGCAUGUCCUCAACGCUCUGAAUCAACAGACGGAGCUGUUUGUUCACGCGCUCAAAGACGAGCUGGUGAAGAGCGCCCUGUUAGCGAUACACAACCAGUGUGCAGCGAACUACAACAGCAGCCAUGUUCACAGCAACGGGUUGCUAUGUGACAACACGUCAGCCGAUCAGGAAGGAGAGACAUCGUCGGGACAACAGGAGGCAGAGUACGACGAGGAGGAAUGGGACAGGGUGUGGGCGAAUGUCGGCAAAAGUAUCAACUGCAUCAUCGUCAUGUGGGAUCGUCUUCAGGGGCAGGAACGACCUCAGGAUCAGACGCCAUCAGAUCAACAGGAAGCCACAGCAGGGGACACGAACUCUCAGAACACCGUGUCCUCGUCCGUCUCCUCUGGGUCCUCCUGGCAGGAGCAGCUGCUCCCCCUGGUGGUCACUCUCAGGGAUUGUGUGCGGGAGGCGGUGGGGAAGGCUCGAGCCGCCAUGACCUUUGUGAUCCUGCAGGGGGCGGUGGCCUCCUCGGUCGCCCAUGGACCCACACAGAUCGUCCAGAGGCGUCACGCUGUCUUCAGCCAGGCGCUCUCAGCGGUGGCGUGUGGUUUCAUGUUGAAGUUGAACGCAGGUCUGGAGGAUCCUGAGUACCUGCAGCAGCUUCUCUCUGUCGGAGUCCUGGUUCAGUUUGAAAGCCUGCUCAGCACCUACGGUGACGAGGUGGGGAUGUUGGAGGACAUGGAGGUGGGCGUGGCAGACCUGAGCGACGUUGCGUUCACUGUCACUGAGGCAACAACGGAGCAACCAGAAGAC